UAUUGCUGCAUAUACUUUGGCAGUACUCGGGUUAGUUUGACACCUAUGGCACUGGCAGACCUAUUUUCUGACAUAAUUUAUUUAGCAUAUUUAAGUAGCCUGCAGGCUACUCAAAAUGUAGGCUGUAAUUGAAAACAAUACUGCAUUUUAAAUUGUGCCUCUGCAAGGACAGGCAAGAAAUUGGUUAUGUAGUCUAGGAAUUACCCAUAUUUUCUGUCUCUAUUUGAGGAGUAGCCGAAUUUUGGUGAGAGUCCAUGUUCUCCAUGCCGCUGUCCUUUUUAAAUUAAUACAUCCACUAUUGAGGACGUUUUUAAAAUUAUUAUUAUUAUUAACAUUCUCUAAGGACUACAGUGACAGCUUCUCGACGUUGGGAUUUAGGUUUUGUACCUGUAUUCUUGCGCUGAUCUACACAUUUUCGUGCAUGAGGCACCGUUUCCAGGCCUUAUCCUUUGCUUUAAUUAUUUAUUUGCGUGUAAACUGCGGUCUUGCUAUCAAAACAUUGAUUGUCGAUGAUCCCCAUCUCUGUUGAGGGCCGAACUAAAACACCUUUAUUUAUUUUCAUCUCAAAUUGGAGUAGACUGGCACACAGUCAUUAUGGCUCGUCCACGGCCGCGGGAGUACAAGGCAGGAGAUUUGGUUUUUGCGAAGAUGAAGGGAUACCCACACUGGCCAGCGAGGAUUGAUGAACUUCCAGAGGGAGCUGUCAAGCCACCUGCUAAUAAAUAUCCCAUAUUUUUCUUUGGCACACAUGAAACUGCCUUCCUGGGCCCCAGGGAUCUCCUACCAUACAAGGAGUACAAGGACAAGUUUGGCAAGUCCAACAAGAGGAAAGGUUUCAACGAGGGUCUGUGGGAGAUCGAGAACAACGCAGGGGUCAAAUUCACCGGCUAUCAGGCCAUCCAGCAGCAGAGCUUUUCCAAGACGGCGGGAGAAGGAGGAGACGUGGCAGACGGGAGCAGUGAAGGGGAGGAGAGAGAUUCCAUAGAGGAGGUGGAGGAUGACCAAGGCAAACUGAAGGAAGACAGGGCCGGGUUCAAACGGAAAAGGACGGCCUCCUCUAAGUCAUCCAAGCUGUCCAGGAUCUCGUCUGGAGAUGAGGAUCUGGAGGACGGGAAAGAGGAGGAUCAGAAGAGCGGAUCGGAGGGGGGAGACCCCGAUAACGGCAUCAUUCAGAACACUGCCGACAGCAAGAACCAGCUGCUGAGAGAAGAACAUUAGGUGCUGUGGACACCUGCAGAGGGAAAGGAAGGUAUUCAUUGUUGCUGUCACGUGAUAUUGGAAUGAUCAAACUCCCAUAAUCACCACCUCUAGCACUACCUGUAAUGGGCCAUUCACGUCUAUCUCUAUGUAGAAAAUAGCACAUAUCUACUACAGUAUAUCACUAAAUCUGUACAACUCUGCUUCAGCCAAUAAACGCCCAAGCUUGACUAGAGCCAAGGUAACUAGCUCCAAAACAACAUACACACACACUUGUGUCCCCGUCUCUUUCAAAAUCAGAACACCACAUUUCAUAUCUAAACAGUGUAAAAUAAGCAUCAAUCGAUAUUUAUAUUGACCCUUAGCCUCCACUAUCUGAUUAAUCCAUCAAUGAUGUCAUAUAGGUAAACAUGUUAGCUAUGUUUGAUAAAACUUCUAUAAAUAUACAGUAUAAUAUACUCCCUUGUGGUCUAUGAUGAUUGAUAUAUGUUGGGUAUUGCAGUGUUAUGAUCAUACUAGUUGUAUCUUGGAUUUGCUUUUAUAAAACAAUGGAUUAAGGGGAGGGACUAGCUUAGGGUUGCAAAAUUCCAGUACAUUUUCAAAACUUUCCAGUUUUCCAGAAAUCCCGGUUGGAAUAAUCCUGCAAUCAGGGGGGAAUAAGCAGGAAAUACGGUGAUCAUACGACUGGAAUUCAUGGGAAACCUGAGAAUUUGGGGAAAGUUACUGGAAAUUUGAAAUGUGUGUUUAACUGACUGUAUAACAUAUCCAUAUCACUCAGCACUGUAUGUUGCUCUUUUAUGUAACCGCAAAAGAUGAAUGGGAACAGACAUAGAUAAAUGUACGAAGUGUUGUGCACAAACCGACUCUCUAACUCUCUAUCUAUAUAUUUGACUUUGGUUGUAGAGUAUAGGGCCAGUAUUCUACCUGACUGAUCUAGCUAACUACUCGUCCGCAUUCCAAAUGGAAUCCUAUCACCUACAUACUUUUGUGCACUACGCUGCCUUCAUCUUUCUAUGGGAAGUGAUGAAUCGGUUUUAACCUGUGUCAGUAGACAGUAGUAUAUUUUAAAAGCUUUCUAUAGUGGCAUGCUCAACUGUUGUACACAACUACCUAGUUAUUUUCUUAACGUUUUCAAUUAUACUGAACAAAAAGGUAAACGCAACAUGUAAAAUGUUUCAUGAUGAGCUGAAAUAAAAGAUCCCAGAAAUGUUUCAUACGCACAAAAACAUUCUUUCUCUCAAAUUUGGUGCACAAAUUUGUUUACAUCACUGUCAGUGAGUAUUUCUCCAUUGCCAAGAUUACUGACAGGUGUGGCAUAUGAUUAAAUUAGCAUUACACAGGUGCUCCUUGUGCUAGGGACAAUAAAAGUUUGUCACACAACACAAUGCCACAGAUGUCGCAAGUUUUGAGUGAGCAUGCAAUUGGCAUGGUGACUGCAGGAAUGUCCACCAGAGCUGUUACCAGAGAAUUGAAUGUUCAUGUCUCUACCAUAAGCCGCCUCCAACGUCAUUUUAGAGAAUUUGACAGUACAUCCAACCAGCCUCACAACCGCAGACCACGUGUAACCACACCAGCCCAGGACCUCCACAUCCAGCUUCUUCACCUUCGGGAUCGUGUGAGACCACCCACCUGGACAGCUGAUGAAACUAAGGCGUAUUUCUGUCUGUGUAAAAAUGCUUUUGUGGGGGAAAACUCAUUCUGAUUGGCUGGGCCUGGCUCCCAAGUGGGUGGGUCUAUGCCCUCCCAGGCCCACCCAUGGCUGCGCCCCUGCCCACUCAUGUGAAAUCAAUAGAUUAGGGACUAAUUAAUUCAUUUAAAUUGACUGAUUUUGUUAUAUGAACUGUAACUCAGUAAAAAUGUUGAAAUUGUUGCAUGUUGCGUUUAUAUAAACUCAGUAAAAUCUUUGAAAUUGUUGCAUGUUGCGUUUAUAUAUUUGUUCAGUAUACCUGCUGUUUUUCCAUUCACACUUCUUCCACAGUGCGGUGAAUGAGAAAAAAAGACAUAACACAACCAUUUUUGCAAGCACCUUUCUCAGACGAUAUAUUGGUUUUCAUCCUGAGGCAUUUAAGACAUGUUGGAAACUCAGAAAUACAAGCUUCCGAGUUAAAACAACAACAUUUGAACUGCCCUCCAACUAUUUACAAGUGACAUCACCUACUAAGGAAAUUACCUCGAUAACGAAAUCAGCGUUCUCAACGAGUUCAAGGCAUGUGAAUGCACACAACUCGUUUCUCAGAGUUUUCAAGUCAUAUUUUCAGAGUUUCCGACUUGUCAUGAAUGCAGCUUUAGUGUUUGGUAUAAAGUUGGCACCUGGCAUACUGGAAAAUUGUGUUUUCUGCCUUGGUUCAGCUUUCAAACUUACUCUUACACACUCACAUCAAUGGUAUGCCAGUAGCCUGCUCUCCUUCCUAUGUCUUUAUGAAAAAUAUAUUCUAUUUAUUUUUUUGAUGAUAGUUGAUUAUAAUACUGUGUGAAAUGUAAACUCAUACAUUUUAAUUUUUUUUUAUUUAAACCUUUCAAUCUUUGUUAAUGCUCGAAUUAGAACAUGUUUUACAUUUUAAAGGUUUGUAGUUUAAAGUAAACUGUUGCUGUUUAUGGACAAGACUUUUACAGAAUAAACUCAUUGGAAUGCA